AUGGCCCCCGUAAGCAUUUGCGUCGCGGAUCGCCCAAAGCCAGUCACCUCCCUCGCAUUGCCUUCACCCCCCCAUAGCUCUAUCCCAGCUGCUGUGGGAGGCGUGAUCUUCGGAGUGAUGUUCAUUGCGCUCAUCGCGUUUGCUUUUUACUACGCCAAUGUGUGCCAAUACGAAUCGAACACUUCCACCCCGGGUCACCGAGGCGACUUCUUCCGCAACAUGCGCUCAGCUGUCAGCUUCCAACCCACUGCACCUAUCCUCCCGCUGAGCGUACGCACCGAUGCGAUCCUCCGGACACUGAACUUCCACACCGCUCCACGCACCCCGACUCCACGUGAUUCGCGGACAGGAUAUACCAUUCCUCCUCCCUACGAACACCCUCCUUCCUACGAAACGUCUAUUAGUGACCACGGUGGUAGCGUCGCAUCUCCUAUCUCGCCGUUCACUCAGUGCCCGGCCCCCAGUGAACAUCUUGUGAUGGAGUCCGCCGCUGGGCCCGCGACUUCUUGA